GAAAACAAACAUCCCCAUGGCCUCUUUCCUCCGCGCAGGCGCCAAGACGGCUUUUCCGGGUACGACAUGUAAUAUAAAUAGGCUGGUCUACAAUACGACCGUCGGUAGAAUAUACGAAACCAAUGAUUCCCAUAUGUCCAGUGGUCUCCUUCACCUAUGUGCCCAGCCGGCUUGGUGAAGAUGCCAAAAUGGCUACCGGCAAUUACUUUGGAUUUACCCAUGGCGCUGCCGCCCAGUACAGUCAGCAGCCAGCUGCCGGGGUAGCAUACACACAUCCCACCACAGUGGCCAGUUACACAGUUCAUCAAGCACCUGUGGCGGCACACACCGUAGCGGCAGCCUACGCUCCUACUGCAGCCACAGUUGCUGUAGCUAGGCCUGCACCUGUUGCUGUGGCAGCUGCUACUGCUGCAGCUUACGGAGGAUACCAGCCAACCCAUGCUGCUACUGACUACGGCUACCCUCAGCGGCAGCCUGAAGUCCCUCCACCACCACCGCCGGUCACCUCACAGAACUACCAGGACUCCUACUCCUAUGUCCGGUCCACAGCUCCAGCUGUAGCUUAUGACAGUAAGCAGUACUACCAACAGCCCAGUGCUACAGCAGCUGUCGCUGCUGCACAACCACAACCCAGCGUGGCAGAUUCCUACUACCAGACAGCCCCCAAACCAGGAUAUAGCCAAGGGGUAACAUCAUACACUCAGAGCCAGCAGACUCGACAGGUGACCGUGAUAAAGCCAGCUGCUCCCAGUCCAGCCUCAUCUACUUUCUCCAUCUACCCAGUGACCUCCACUGUUCAGCCUGUGGCCGCUGCCGCCUCUGUGGUCCCUUCUUACUCCCAAAGCCCAACCUACAGCACAAACGCUGUCACAUACUCUGGAACCUCAUACUCGGGCUACGAGGCAGCAGUUUACUCAGCAGCCUCCAGCUACUACCAGCAGCAGCAGCAGCAGAAGCAGGCAGUGGCAGCUGUAGCAGCCACAGCAGCAUGGACUGGGAACACUUUCACCAAGAAACCCCCCUUUCAGAACAAGCAGCUCCGGCCCAAGCAGCCGCCCAAACCCCCUCAGAUCCACUACUGUGAUGUCUGUAAGAUCAGCUGUGCUGGCCCACAGACUUACAAGGAGCAUCUGGAAGGCCAGAAGCACAAGAAGAAGGAAGCUGCACUGAAGGUUUCCCAGAGCAGCGGCAGCAGCGGUAGUGGUGGAGGGGUAUUGGCCCGCAAUGCUCAGAAUCAGCUCCGCUGUGAACUUUGCGAUGUUUCCUGCACUGGCGCCGACGCAUAUGCUGCCCAUAUCCGUGGAGCCAAGCACCAGAAGGUUGUGAAGCUUCAUACCAAACUUGGUAAGCCCAUUCCCUCUACUGAGCCCAGUAUGGUCACUCAGACAUCGUCCUCAACCACCGCUACCCUCAGCAAGACCACCACAGCCACCCUGAGCAGUUCCAGCACCACCGGCUCUCUGUGUGUGGCUGCCUCCUCCUCCUCCCCUGCCACCAGCCCUCCCUACCUGAAACCCGUCAACAUAGUCAGCAGUGGUGUGGCAGGUGUCAAGAACCCAUUAGCCAACAGCCUCUCUGCUGCCAACUCUGCCUCAGCUGGGAAAAAAAUCAACACCCCCAAGAUCAAUUUUGUUGGUGGAAAUAGAUUGCAGACCACAGUGAAGAUGGAAGAGGCCAGAGCGGAGACCAAAGUGGAGGCUUCUAAGCCUGUGACGCCCUCUUCAGGUACUCAGGACCCCAAGACUGAAGUUUCGGAUUCUCUGUCCACAUCAGCCCUGGCUGCAUUGCAGAGUGACGUCCAGCCUGUGGGUCAUGACUAUGUUGAGGAAGUCCGAAACGAUGAAGGCAAAGUCAUCCGCUUCCACUGCAAGCUAUGUGAAUGUAGUUUCAAUGAUCCAAAUGCAAAGGAAAUGCAUCUAAAAGGUCGUAGGCAUCGUCUGCAAUACAAGAAAAAAGUGAACCCAGAUCUGCAGGUGGAAGUCAAGCCCAGCAUCCGAGCCAGAAAGAUUCAGGAAGAGAAGAUGAGAAAGCAAAUGCAGAAAGAGGAGUACUGGAGAAGAAGAGAGGAGGAGGAGCGCUGGAGAAUGGAGAUGCGGCGUUAUGAAGAAGACAUGUACUGGAGACGUAUGGAGGAGGAGCAGCACCACCACUGGGAUGACCGACGUCGUAUACCAGACGGAGGGUAUCCACAGGGGCCUCCCGGUCUACUUGGAGUCCGGCCUGGCAUGCCUGGCCUGCAGCCUCAGGGUCCUUUGCCCCCACGUCGGCCUGAUUCUUCAGAUGACCGCUAUGUCAUGACCAAGCAUGCAGCCAUCUAUCCCUCAGAAGAUGAGCUGCAGUCUAUCCAGAAGAUCGUGUCAAUCACAGAACGUGCCCUCAAACUGGUCUCGGACAUAAUUACAGACCAAGACAAGGCCAAGGAAGAGGACAAAGAGAAGAAAGAACCCUCUAAAGACAGAGCCCUGAAGGGAGUGAUGAGGGUUGGAGUCCUGGCCAAAGGCUUGCUUCUUCGUGGGGACAAGAAUGUCAACCUAGUCCUGCUCUGCUCUGAGAAGCCCACCAAGGGCCUCCUCACCUGCAUUGUGGAGCACCUCCCUAAACAACUAACAAUGGUAACACCAGAAAAAUAUGAGGUCAAGGGAUCUAUCCAGGAAGCGGCCAUCAUUCUGACAUCCUGUACCGAGCCAAAGAUGCAAGUGACAAUCACACUGACUUCACCUGUCAUCAGAGAGGAAAAUGGCCGGGAUGGAGAUGUAACCUCGGGUAUGGUGAAAGACCCAGCGGACGUCUUGGACAGGCAAAAAUGCCUUGACGCUCUGGCUGCUCUGCGCCACGCUAAGUGGUUCCAGGCUAGAGCCAAUGGACUUCAGUCCUGUGUGAUCAUCAUCCGAAUCCUGCGAGACCUCUGUCAGCGAGUUCCUACAUGGUCGCCCUUCCCAGGAUGGGCCAUGGAGCUGCUGGUGGAGAAGGCCAUCAGCAGCGCGUCUGCCCCCCUCAGCCCAGGUGAUGCACUGAGACGUGUCUUCGAAUGUAUUUCAUCUGGGAUUUUACUCCCUGGUGGGCCAGGAUUGGUAGAUCCUUGUGAAAAGAAGUCUGUGGAUACCCUGACACCUAUGGGAGAGCAACAGAGAGAGGACAUUACCUCAAGUGCCCAAUUUGCUCUGAGGCUGCUGGCAUUCCGUCAGAUCCAUAAAGUUUUGGGCAUGGACCCUCUGCCGCAGAUAAACCCUCGCUUCAACAUCCGCAACAGCCGCAAGCGUCGCCGUGACAACAGUGAUGGGACAGACAGCUUUGAGGGUGAAGGCAAAAAGGACAAGAAAGAUUAUGAUAGUUUCUAAGUUUCUCUAGUAAUCUCGAUACAAAAAUCGAUGAACAUGUUGUAUGCACCAUCUCCUGUGUACUGGCGAAGGUCCAGUGUUGCUGUUCUUUCCUUUUUAAGCUACAGAUGUACCAGUGUAAUUGCAGUCUCACUCGGUAUUACACAAACAAAUGUCAAUUUGUGUACUGUAUUAGUUGUAGAUUUCUUAAAGUUGGGGUUCAGGCCUCUCUGUACUAGAUAAAGCAGUUUUUACACGAUGUACUUCUGACAGUUGCUUCUUAAGCUUCUGCCGCCAGUCGCCUCUGAACGGUUUGAUUGAGAUCAAAAAUGGAGCCAGACUUCUUUUGUGUUGUGGAUCAUGAGGAAAAGCAAUGAUAAAUGUCAAUGCCUUUGUUCAUCUGUAUGGUUACAUUCAGAGGUGGACUGUGUUGUUACCAUUGUGAAGCAUUUAUUCGGCCAACUUAAUUUUCAAAGUUUUUCUUUUGAAUAUGAAUUAAUGUGCAUAACACAAGUGAUGUUUGAUGCUGUGGUCUUGUUAUGUCUCCACUUAAGAUAAGACAUAUGAGGCAUUGCACAAAGAUUCAGAAUAACUGAUAGAUCUUUAUUAGUAGUGAAGUUGUCAGCCCUGAGUGUAGUCGUCUCAUUUUCAUAUAUCUAUAUGAAAGUAUUUGUAUAAUCUUUAAAUAGAGAAAAAUGCUUUGGUUUGUGGAAAACAUGGCCAUGUUCACAUUGCUUACCGUUUUGGCUUUUAAACAUUUGUUUUCUUGGUUAAUAAGGAACUUGAUUGGCUUGCUUGCCUUUUAACUUGGUUAGGUGUUAAUUUAAGUUCAAUACUGGAAAUAAGAAUAAAAAUCAUGACUGGGAAUGGGAGGGAUUGUAAUGUAAUUGCCCUUUAGUGUAGGCCAUGUUGUGAAUGCUUGCCUUGCUCUCCAUUCUGCUUUACAAUUCCAGUAGCAGAAUAAAUACAUUUCCAGACUGAA